UGAUCGAAAUGUCGAAGCGACCGGUUGAGGAUAUUUAUGAAGAGUCGGCAUCGAAGAAGCCAAAAACCUACGAACAUGUCAAUAAACACACGCUCGAUUCGGAUGAAGAGGACAGUGAUGUUGAUGAAAGUCGGUAUAAUGUGUUAGACGAGGAGGAAAUACAAGGAGAAGAGGAUGGUGUGUCUGGAAUGGAUGGCGAUGUCAAGAUAACACCAUUCAACAUGAAAGAAGAAUUGGAAGAGGGCCACUUCGAUGGUGACGGUCAUUUCCAAUGGAAAAAGCAGAAAGAGAUAAAAGACCACUGGCUGGAUAAUUUGGAUUGGGUGAAAAUACAAAAGUUCAACGAUGAUCGCAAGCAGAAAUUGGCUGAGGAUGGUGCACCUGAAACCAGUGCUGGUGGCGGUGGUCUAGCCGACUCAUCAUCUGAAUCGGAAGAUGAAGGAAAUGAUGAAAGUUUAAAAAAAUUCGACGUAAUAGCUGCCUAUCGUCGCAUACUUGAGCUGAUGAAACCGAAAGAAACGGUGCAGCGUGCAUUACAGCGUUUGGGAAAAGCGACUGCAAAAAUUUCGUCGAUCGAACGUUUUCGACGGAAGAAAGCCGGAAUUGUGGAUGAAAAUGCAGCAUUAGUCACUGAACUCACCGAGUUGUGUAAUAAAAUUCUCACCAAAAUGGGCAACAUGAAUGUUUACGAAGAGACAUUCGAAGAGAUUAGUGCAAAGUUUGCGUCGAAAUUGAAGGGUGGCGGUGGAUUUAGUCUAUCAAAAACCGAUAAAUCAAUUGAUGUUGGUGAUGCACUCGAUAUGUACGCCGAUGACUUCGACUCAAAAGAACAGAAGCAAAUGACUUCUGGCGACAGCGGCGCCGAUGGAGAAUCAAGCAAACAAGACCAAACCACAGAUCUUGGCGUAGACGACAGCAAAAUCACGUGGGAAUUCAAAUGGAAACUUGACGAUACCGAAUGCCAGGGACCAUACACCACCGACCAAAUGUACAAAUGGUCACUGGAUGGCUACUUCAAAGAUGGCGUCUUUGUGAAAAAAUGCGGCAUCGAAUCACAAUUCAAUUCAUCCAAUCGUAUCGAUUUUGAACUUUAUUUGUAGUCGAAAUUCUGACAGAAAAAUCGCCUCGUUUCAAUUUUUUUAUUCCCAACAAUUUUUUUUUUUCUCAAACGUUUCCCACGUUAUCUGCAUUUUAUAAAUAGAAACCACUACAAGAAAAAAUAUGUAUUAUUAAUUGAAUAAUAAAACAGCCCGUUGAAAUUUGCUAUGUUUAUUUGUAAUAAUAAUAAAAGCAUAUAUUGCUCUAUAAAUUUACAUUA